UACUCACGUUUAGAGAUGGCAAAAGAAGAACCUGCCCGCGGGCCAGGCCCGUGUGAACUUGCUUCGGGUCGGGAUUGGGUUCUAAGACACAGGCCCGAAUUUGAAGCGGGCCUCGCGGGUAAGGCUUGUGCGGUAUUGGACCAGACGCAGGAUUGGCUCGAUGUGUACCGCGGGACGCGCGGGGCUCCGCCAAAGACGAUCUCUUCCAGCUCGAACGGUGAUAGAAAUGGCGAUUGGUCAUCUCCGCGAAACACUGUUCUCCGCAAUUCCACCAUCCACGACUUCUAUGGCUUCCCUGAUCCCAUGUACAAGCUGAAAUAUGAAGCACCUGGAGCUAUUGAAUUGGGGAAGAGGGUAAAAGAAUUGUUAAUGGGAGAAGGAGGAAUGAAACGUGUUGAUGAAGAUAAAAACAGAGGACUGGAUCAUGGAGCUUGGGUUCCUCUUAUGCUGAUGUAUCCAGAGGCGGACAUACCUGUUUGCCAGCUCUCUGUUCAAUCAUCUCAAAGUGGGACUUACCAUUACAACAUGGGCAAAGCAUUGGCUCCACUUAAAGACGAAGGUGUUCUUAUCAUUGGAUCAGGAAGUGCCACUCACAACUUGAGGAAGCUUGACUUUUAUAUAACUAAUGGCUCAGCUGUUCCUUGGGCUUUAGCGUUUGAUUAUUGGCUCAGAGAUUCUCUUCUUCAAGGAAGGUAUGAACUACAGUUACAAAUUUUUAUUUAUAUAUAUAUUUCUUGGUUAGUGUUACAAGAAUCAUUGAUUGUACGUAUUAUGUGUGUUAUAGAGCAAACCUCUGCUAUGUUUACAGGGCAGCUGGGAAACAGGAGAGCAUAAGACAGACUGCUGGAUCAUGUUUGGUCCGUCCUGCUCGUUUUAACCAAAGAAAAGGACAGUUAUGUGCAACAAUGUCUUAAUGUCCUGAUCAUAUAAACUCAAGUGAUUUUAGUCAUAUAUUUUCUAAAACUUUUUCUUUAUAAUGAUAUGUAAUGAGUGGGGGAUUGUAUUAUGAUCAAGUAGGAGAACAAUAUGAGAAUGCAAAGGACACUUCACACUUGCAUACCGAUCUAUAAGGCAAAGGACCUCAGGUUAGUCUCUGUUCUAUUUAUUUAUUAUGUCGUCUCCAUUGCUUAUGAUAAGAGCUGAUAGAAUUUAGAUACUUGGUUACUAGUACAUAGAUCUCUUUGUUUCUUGUGUUGUUGUGUUCUUGUGUUCUUAUAGCUGAUAGAAUUUAGGUAAUAGGUUACUAGUACAUAGAUCUUUUUGUUUCUUGUGUUGUUGUGUUGUUGUGUUCUUAUAGCUGAUAGAAUUUAGGUAAUAGGUUACUAGUACUUGAUCGUCUAUGCGUGGAUGGUUGCUUGUUCUUGAUCGUCUCUUACAUAUGGUUGCUUGCUCUUGAUUGUUUAGUUUGAUAGUUUGAUAAGACUUGAGUAUGAGACUUGAUCUUUACGUAUGAUAGUUUAGAUAAUAAAAAUUUCUUAUAAUGGUUGAGUCUCUGACCAAUGAGAAAUAAGAGAAUAAUUGCUAUAAUUUUUAAAAUUGCAUAAAAAUAUAAACAGAACCCUAAAAUAUUGACACGACUCACGACUACUACUCACGACCUAAGAAAAAAAAAACGACGCAGAAACCUAAACUCUAACUCUAACGAAGAAGAGAGAAAGAGAUGACAGAUGAUGGUUCAAGUUUCGAUCUAAAUUUCACACCGUUGAAUACAGUGGAUUUAGAGAGCCAGCGAGUCCUUGGAGUUAUUUUGGCAGCUGAUGAGGCUGAUGGUUCAUCUGAUGGAGCAAAAAAGAAGCAAAGAAAGAAGAGAAGGCUUAGUGAAGCUGCUGAUGAUGAAGAUGAUAGUGAUGUUGAAAUCAAUCCUCCACCAACCCAAGCUACUACUCUACGCAAACAAGCCACCUGCGGAACUGUGCGAGCCUUGAAAUCAAAGAAACCAAUGUUACAGUCUACUCUAGACGGUGGCAUUGGAUCGUCUUCAUCUGCUAAGGCGAGUAAAAGGAAAACCAAAACCAAAUCUAUUCAUUUUACCAUCCGUGGGGGGAGAAAAAGCUCCAGGCCGACACAAGGCAAUGGUAAAAAUAAGAAGAAGAUUCAAGAGGAGCAGCUUGAUUCGGAAGGUGAAUUUGAAGAGGACGAGAUGGAGAACGAGAUGGAGAACGAGAAG